AUGGGCAAGCUGAACAUCGCUCAUCACAAAUCCUACCAUCCGUAUCGUAGGGAUAACAUUGAAAGGGUCCGACGCGAUGAAGAAGAGGCACGGGAGAAGGAGGCACGGGAGGAAGGAAGAAUGAUGUUGGCGGAUUCAGAGGCUAGAAUAGACCUGCUCAGAGAACGAGCAGGGGUUGCCUCUCUCCCCAAGAAAAAGGGGAGAGACGGUGAUAUGAAGCUGCUGGAGCGUGCUAAGGAAUCGCUGCCCACAUCUGGAGGUCAUAUCAACUUUUUUGAAGAUCUCGAACAGAACGCCAUAAUUACAGCCGUGCGCUCAACCAAGAAGGCUGGGCCCAUGGAAACGGACAAAGGAAUACCAUUAGCUCCUGAUGCCAAAGAUCUCCGGCCAUGGUAUUCUGAACGCAACCGCGAUCGAGAUGACGCGGAGGUAGAUGAAGCUGCUGAGGAACGAAGGAAGCGAGACACGGCACGAAAAUCCAUUCAUGAUCCUCUAACAUCUAUCACACAUCAACUUGCUUCCAAGUCCUCCUCCUCGUCUUCUUCCUCGCGACACCGUCCUCGACCUCCUGCAGGAUCUCCUGGCCAGCCGCCAGAAGUCAGCGCGCGCAUUACACGUGAAUUAUCUGAAAGAGAGCGGGCCCUGGCCCUGAUUCGACGGAAGAAGCAAGGCAGUGAGACGCCAAGCACAGUGCAUGGGGGAAUUACUGAAUCUGAGUACGGUGAUAUGUACAACCGACGAGAGGUAGAAGAAGCCCAUCGUGGCCGCUGGGAAAGUAAUUUCAGACGGUAUCAAGGGAGGCAUUGA